AUGGCGGAGGAGGAGGAAGAGAGAGGAAAGGGAGCUGGAGCUUCAAUUGGAAGAGCAGAAAGCCAGAAAGCAACGAUCUAUUUUAGUCGACGAUUUCCCGACCCAUCGGAUUCAGACCAUGAUUUCAUAAGCAGCGAUGAGAGAAAGAAGAAGAAAACGAGAAAGAUUGCUGAAGAAGAAAUUGUUAGCAUCCAUAACGCAUCUGAAGAAGUUAAAGUCCCAGAACUGAAUUUGGCUAGCACCCGCUGCAACGAGGACGUUCAAGAAGUUGUGGUGGAAGUGGGGCUUGAUGAGGAAACCCUAUUGAGUUAUCCAAAGUUGUUGUAUUCAGAAGCUAAGGUCAAUCACAAGGAUUCAACAGCGACUUGUUGCUCAAUUUGUUUGGCGGAUUACAAGAACAGUGACAUGUUAAGGCUAUUGCCAGAUUGUGGGCAUUUGUUUCACUUAAAAUGCGUAGAUCCAUGGCUGAGGUUAAAUCCAACUUGUCCUGUUUGUAGAACUUCUCCAUUGCCAAUACCACAAACCACUCCUCUGGCUGAAGUUGUUCAAGGUUUUUGCUCGACAGCGAAUUCGCCGGAAAUUAGGGUUUGUUCUUGA